AUGAAUAAGACUAUUAGCAAAAAAAAUAAACCUGAUAAGUGCUCUUUUCCAAACAAUACUGACGACUUACCAAAAAAAUGCAUCUUAAGUGAAGGAGUUCCAGAAAAAAGCCAGCCAAAAAACGGAUUGGUUAAUGGGGUAACUCUAGAGACUGGCAGUGCGAAGAAAAGUGGCAGGAAAAACAGGCGAAACAAGCACACACUUCCAAAUUCUCAUCCUAACAUAAAUGGUGAUUAUCAUCCUGAAGACAACUGUAAAGUCCCAGAGAAUCAGCUAGAUGUAGAUGACCUUAAGACAGACAUCUCACAAGACCAAAGCAGCACUAGUGUAGCAGAGAGGAUCUCUCUGAGUAAUGGUAUCCCAGUAGAAAAUUUAGAAGUUAGCAAAACCAGUAAAAAGAAGAAAAACAAAGUUAAUUUGGAUUCUAAUGAUAACAUUUCAUCAACUAUAUGUGAUAAUAAACUUUCUUUAGGAGAAUUGACAGAGCCAACUACCAAUGAUUUGUGUAAUAAAGAUAUAACGCCAAGUAUAAAUCAUAACGCAGAGGCAGUACAGCCUUCAAGUAGUACAGUUAUCUUAGGGAUAGAAAGCAGUUUGGAAAACAUACAAUUGUGUGACAGCAGUAAUCCUCCUGUAGAAGAUAGUGCUAAAAGUAAACCUAAGCCUAAAAUCGACUUUGUACAAUAUGAAUCUGAGGUUCAGAUGCCUAUGAUCAUGAAGAUAAUUCAAAAGGACCUGUCAGAGCCAUAUUCUAUUUAUACUUAUAGAUAUUUUAUACAUAAUUGGCCAAAGCUCUGUUUCUUGGCAAUGCACGAAUCCGAGUGUGUGGGCGCCAUCGUCUGCAAGCUGGACAUCCAUCGCAAAGUGGUGAGGCGCGGCUACAUCGCAAUGCUGGCAGUCGACGAGAAGUACCGCAACUGCGGCAUUGGUUCCAACCUGGUACAACUGGCCAUCACGGAGAUGAUCACGGGUGAUGCGGACGAAGUGGUACUGGAAACAGAGGUCACCAACAAGCCAGCAUUGAUGCUUUAUGAAAAGCUGGGCUUCGUCAGGGACAAACGGUUGUUCAGGUAUUACCUGAAUGGAGUUGACGCCCUCAGGUUGAAGCUGUGGCUGAGAUGAGUACAGUUUUGGUAGUAUGUUUUCGAUGGGGUUAAUAGGAGGUAGUAAUUGUUAGGUUAUGAGUGAGACAGGUCAGGUUUGAAACAUUCUAGUGAGAGACUCUAAAUCUGAGUUGUGUAUUCCACUAAUAAUCCGCUGUGCUUAAACUGGCAAGAUAUUAAAUCAUAUCAAAAGAAUCUAACAUUUAUGUUGCCUUAGCAGGUGUUAUCAAAGAUAUACACAUUCUAUCUACUUAGCUAGGUAGACAAAAAACUACAUUGGCACUGUUGGUGAUUCCAGGGUCCAUCUGAAAUCUGUCCUUAUAGAUUGAAUUACUGUUAUCUCCUGUAAACUGUGACCGAAUUUGAAGAGCUCCAGGCAACAAUCUAAUCA